AUGCCAUGCCAUCCCAUGACAUCCCGUCCCAUGCAAUCCCAACACAUGCCAUCCCGUCCCAUCACAUCCCGUCCCAUGCAAUCCCAACACAUGCCAUCCCGUCCCAUCACAUUCCAUCCCAUGCCCUCCCAUGCCACCACAUGGCAGGUGGCUGCUCUGCAACAGCCCGAGUGGCACCAUUCCCGCCUCCAUUGCCCAACUCACCGCACUCACCACCUUGUGUGGCCACUAUCCCUCCACCCGCCUAUUUCCCGUUCUCCCUCCAACCCUUCCCUCUCGCAUUCUCCCUCCACCCCCCUCUCUCCCAUUCUCUGCACUAUGAUUCCCUGCCCUGUGAUAUCAGCAAUCGACUCAAAAGUCACCUGGAUAAAAAGAUCUGAACUCUGCACUGUUUCCACCCACCCAUCCACCAUUCUGGCGUUGCCUUCCAUUCUCUCCUCCAUUUCUCUCCUCCACGCAUUCAAUGCCUCUCCUUCCUCUCUCCGACCUUCCCCUCACCUCCCUUUUCAUUGCCUCCCUUCCGCCCUCUGCCCACCCUCCCCUUGCUCCAGGGAAAUUCGUCAGUUUCCAUUCCGUAUGGACAGCGGCCUCUCAGGCUCCAUUCCAGAGGCAAUCAGCAGCCUCAAGCAGCUACAGCGGUUAUACCUCAACGAUAACAUUCUCUCAGGCUCCAUUCCAGAGGCAAUCAGCAGCCUCAAGCAGCUGCGGGAGUUGUUUCUGCAGGACAAUAGGCUGAGUGGUACUAUUCCCGCCUGCAUCGGCAACCUGACCGCACUCACCAGCCUGUGCGCCCAUUCUCCCUCCAACCCCCCUUCACCGUAUCCCUCUUUCCGCAUGCCUCUCUCUGCCAAGCAUCGGGGGUUUGGAUAUGAGAGUACGGAGCACUUUUUGUCGUCUUCAAUUUCUCAAGGCACACACUUCUCCUCCUCUCUUCUUCACUUCUCCUCCCCUCCUCUCCCCCGCUCCUCCCCUCCUCUUCCCCCCUUCUCCGCUUCGUCUCUUCUCCUUGUCACCUCUUCCCCUCUUUUUCUCUCCUUCCCUCCUUGUCCAUUCAUCCACCUGUCUUCAGAGUACUCAAUGCCAAUCGCCUUGCAGGGACGAUACCUGCUGCAAUCACCACGCUCACUUAUCUCGAAUACCUUACUGCACAUAUUUUCAUCUCUUCUUCUCGUCAUCUCUUCUUCUCUUCAUCUCUUCUUCUCUUCUUCUCGUCAUCUCUUCAUCUCUUCUUCUCCUCAUCUCUUCUUCUCGUCAUCUCUUCAUCUCUUCUUCUCUUCUUCUCUUCUUCUCUUCUUCUAUUCAUCUCUUCUUCUCCUCAUCUCUUCUUCUCGUCAUCUCUUCAUCUCUUCUUCUCUUCUUCUCUUCAUAUCUUCUUCUCUUCUUCUCUUCAUAUCUUCUUACAGCGUUGACAAACCCAUCUGA